CUCUCACUCUCCUGCGAUGGCAAGCGCCGCUGCCAUCCUUCCUGGCUCGUCUCCUCUCCUCCAUGCGCGUCCACCGAAGCGUCUCGGGACCUUGCAUCAGCAUCUCCCCUUCGCUUCUCUUCGGCGCAGACACAAGAGACAGAUCUCCGUGACAGCCGCCUUGGCUUCGAGCAUCUCCGUACCGAUCAAUUUGGACUACUUGGAGACGGAGUUCAGCGGGCAUGGGGUGACCUUCGAAGCCAUCGGCGACAGUUGCGUCGUCAAGAUGGGGCUGGUGAACGGCAGCGUGGCCAGCUUGAUGCUGCCCUGUGGUCUGAUCACUUCGUACAAGCCCUACAUGUGGCACGGUGCCACGUUCGAGGUGCUGCAUACGACGGUCUCCGAGGGAGCCGAUGGAGCUGCAGUCGUGCGAGGAGGAGUGUCCAUGGAUUUCGAGAUCGGAGGCGACGGCUCGAUUCCAUGGUCCCCGAGUUCUUGGUCUCUUGAGAGCGUUCGAGGAAGUCCUGAGAAGUCCAUUCAGGUGGAGCUGGUAUCGGUUUCUCCGGUGGACAUGGCUGAAGUCAGAUGCCUGGUCACUCUCCAUCAGGACCUUCUUGGUUCAGAGCUGCUCAUCUCUAACACCAAGUCCUCACCUCUCCAGUUGACGGGCUCCUUCGUCAGCCAUUUGAAAGUGAGUACGCCGGACGCGGCAUACGCGGUCGGGUUACAAGGCUCCAACUACCAAAGCAGGCAGCCAUUAUCGUCGCGGUUCAGCAUGGAUCCUCCAGACUUGGGCAGGAGGAGUCCCUCGACCUCCAAGAAGCCAUGGACCCAGAAUGUGCUUCGACGGCUGCUGCCCCGAUGGGGAGACACAGGCGAGGAGGAGGAGGAGGAGGAGGAGGAGGAAGAGCUAAACGAAGGUGGCGACGCAGAAGAAUCAGAGGGAGAAGAAGAAGAUGACUACGCUCGCAUGACAGAGAAAAUGAGCAGGAUUUAUACCAGUGCGCCGAGGCAGUUCACGAUCAUCGAUAGGGGAAGACGGAACUCGGUUGUGAUACGGAGGAGCGGAUUUGAAGAGUUGUACAUGUCGAGUCCAGGAUCAGAACAUGAAUGGUACGGAAAAUAUGCAUACGUCUGCAUAGGUCCAGCUGCCCAGCUGACACCUCUGGUGUUGGGUCCCGGAGACACAUGGCGAGGGGCACAGUACUUGCACAAUCCAAACCUCUAAAACCCUACAAGAAACGACGGAUCUAAAGUUAAAUUUGUCCUCCAUGUCAAGCAAGGAGAGGACAGGAGGGAAGGAAAAGAGAACUCGGGAUCCUACAGGUUUCGAAUGUGAACGACGUCGGUGAUAGUGGGUGGAGUUCACAUCUAUGUAGCACCGAAAGAAAGGGGUUAUUCACCUGUAAAGAUGAGCUUUUUUUUAACUUGUCUUCAAGGCUCAAAAAUCUCAUCUUAUUUCUUUUAUAAAUGCUUACGCUAGCUUUGACUUGUA